UCCCUCUCCCCCACCCGCCAGUCGUUCUUCAUGUCUUUCCUAACUUCUUUUCUCCAAAAAGACUAUCUAUCGGAUAAUAAGUACAUCACCAUGUCGUUGAAUCUCUAUACCAUCUACCUGGGCCUUGCUCUCGAAGCGAUCAAUUUGUCUAGUUUCAUCCAGUUAUCCUACUUCUGCCACGAAACUCCCAAUGAAGCUUUUGAUGAGAUCGUCGGAAACUCUGGUGUCACUGGUGUGCUGCGCAAUUAUGGAUGGUUGAUUGUUUUCGCGUGUGUCUUAGGAAUUUUACUGCAUCUAAGAUUUUACAAAAGAAAGCAGUACUCAAUUGAGAGCUUUUGCUCAAAGCGGUAUCUGAUGGCAGCAGGGAUGCUUUUCAUUAACGUCUUAUUCACCGGAAAUAGCAUUUUCAGCUUGUAUGGCAGUUGGGCAAAUGAUAUCAUCCAGCCUGUAAUCAUAUCUAUCACAUGGUUUAUGGUGUACAAAAGUUUCGACAUUGCCAACGAAACAGAAUCCCCAAUUCACUACAGAUUGUCAAAGACUACAACGGUCACCAAAUCACAGAUAAUAUUCAUGCUCUUCUUCCUCGCCACCUUCGGAGCAUUCAACAUUUGCUCUAGCUUCAUUGAACUGCGUCAAUUCCCAGAUGAGUACACCGGAUUGGCAUUUUUCACACAACUCGGUACAUCUGCCCUGCUCUCUAUUUAGUCGCGAUCCCAAUGAUCUACGUGGCCUUCUUGGCUUAUAACUCCGAAGACUUUGAAUUCAGUGGAGUGGAGCCGACUAGUGGAAGAUUUUGGUACGGAGUGUGCAGAUGGAAUGAAAAAUUGGGAGAAUGGGAGCAUGUGGAGACGAUUCCAGAGAAACCGUUCUCUUGGAUGUAUAAUUUUCUGUCUUACUGAUAAUAAAUUACUGUGACGUUUCAAUAAAUGUAUUUUUAAAUGCGU